CGUCGAUUCGGAAUUUGAAUGCAUAACGAAAUCGCAUCGCCGUCGAAUCGGACGGAAGGGCAACAGCAAAAGCAAGAAAAAUGAAUUAUAUUCCGUGCCUUAUCAACUCUGCUCUGGUUCUCUGCCUGUGCCUGGCACUGCCCGCCCACACGGCAGCCGGCCGAUAUAACAUAAGCUUUGCCCAACUGGAUUCGUGCGAGAGCUAUACGAUUAAGGAGGCGGGCUAUGCCUACCGGGACUUCUUCAUGGUGCACACGCUGGACAACAACCAGAUCAAGGGCAAGGAGCGUCUGCACCUGAAGUUCUAUGUGCUCACCAGCAUGGACGCGCACAUCCUGCUCUCGGUGACAAACAGACUGCGCCCCAAUGACCGCGUGUACGAGAUUGUGAUAGGAGCCGGCGGAAAUACGUUUUCCGCCAUCCGCACGGCCAUGGGCCUGCGACGUGUCUCCACGAAUCAAGAUCGGAAUUUACUAUCAGUGUUUGAGCCGACGCCAAUAGAGAUUGUGCAGACGCAGGAUGCUGAGCUGUUUGUUUACAUACCCGGAUUCAAAACGGAGCCGCUCUUACAGUUCAUGGACGCCUCGCCCCUGACUAUCAACUACAUAAGCUUCAGCUCCUUUGGCACCAACUCGGCCCGCUGGUUCUACGACUGCUCCUUCGAUGGGUUUGACAAGGAAAUAUCAAAGGAGACGGCUGCGCUAUCAGUGGAGCAGCUACUGCUGGCGAAUCUCGUAUUCCAGGCCGAGAACUCGAGCGUCCCGGUCAACCUAACCACGAUUGGGUUCCACUUUCAGGCGCGCUCGAUCGCCUACGAGCAGGCCAAUGCCUUGCUCAGCACCCGAAUGCAUCUGAUGUUGCACUGGCAGGAUAAGCGCCUGAGCUGGGAUCCCGAGGAUUUCGGACAACUGAAGUCCUUCGAGCAUCCCCUCCUGCAGAUCUGGACACCGAAGCUAACUGUUCUGAACGGAGCCAUGGACUCGCUUGGCGAGGCGCUCAAGGCCUACGAGCUGCGUGUCUUUUCGGACGGCAACGUCACCCUGUACGCCAGCAACCUGGAGCUGUCCAGCUGGUGCGUGAACAGCGCACGUAACUGGCCAAAGGAGCGCAUCGAGUGCAACGUGGAGCUCGGCGUGCUCAGACAGCCGAGCGAGAGCAACAUAAUCUUAAACUACGAACGACAGCGCAGUCCGAUCGCACCCAAUGAGCACGUGAACACGCCAUCGGGCUGGACAAUCGUCGGCGUAUCGGUGGUGAAUCUGGGCAACGACACGGCCACAGCCGGUCGAUACUCAGACCAGGGCAGGCUCCAGACGAUGACAGGCGAUGUGUCCAUUGGGUUUAUGCUGCAACGGAACAGCGCCUUCUACAUGUCGGUAUUUUAUAUGCCGCUGAUUGCGUGCGAGAUCUUCAUUAUCCUGUCGUUUUUGCUUCGCUCCACCCGUCGCAGUGCUCUCAUACUGAUCGCCAUCCUCAUCAUUUCCUGGGCUCUGAUGUACAUCACGCGCCACGCCUCUCCGCACUAUGUGCCCGCCCUGAUGUCGGGCUACAAGAUCGUAAUGAUUGUCAGCUGCUACUGCUACGUGCUGCACAUCUGCAUCAUGUGGCUGGAGUGCUAUCCGCCUAGGUCCAAGGCGCCCGCAUUCGUCGCCACGUUGAUCAACUCGAACCUCCUGCGCUGUGUGCUGGGACUGCGCUAUGCGGAUGCGAACGAGUACUGUGACAUUCUGGAGAAACCCUGGCCCCAUCUGGCCAAGAUCCUGAACAACCUGAGCUUCAUUGGCGUGUGCAUUGCCUUCGGGGUGAUGACUGUGACGAGUGGCGUUUGAAAAGUCGAAUGGUUUUCAUUUAUUUGCAGUGGGAGAUAAGUAGUAAUGGAUCCUUAAAUAAAUACGAAAUAUUCAGAGAGCA